CACCCUCACUCUGAAGGUGACAGUUUCUUGGAGCAUUCCCUGAUCUUCUUUGGGGUCCUGGCUCCAGAGAUCACUCUUCCCAGCUCAGUUCAGCAACUCCUCACAGCCACAGCAGCCACCUUGCCAUCUCUAUGCUGAUCAUGUUUUCUGUGAAUGGACUCUCCAUCCCCGUCUCAGCCACAGACCUUCUCCUGGCCUCCACUGUCUUCUGCCUGGUAUUCUGGGUGGUCAGGGCCUGGCAGCCUCAGGUCCCCAAAGGCCUAAAGAGUCCACCAGGGCCCUGGGGCUGGCCCCUACUUGGACACACACUGACCUUGUGGAAGAACCCACACCUGGUGCUGUCACGGCUGAGCCAGCAUUAUGGGGAUGUGCUGGAGAUCCGCAUUGGCUACACACCUGUGCUGGUGCUCAGUGGCCUUGACACCAUCCAGCAGGCCCUGGUGCGACAGGGCGAUGAUUUCAAGGGCCGGCCUGACCUCUACAGCUUCACCUUCAUCAGUAAUGGCCAGAGCAUGACCUUUAGCCCAGACUCUGGACCAGUGUGGGCUGCCCGCAGACGCCUGGCCCAGAAUGCCCUGAAGAGUUUCUCCAUUGCCUCAGACCCAGCUUCCUCAUCUUCAUGCUACCUGGAGGAACAUGUGAGCAAGGAGGCCGAGAUCCUCAUUAGCAAAUUCAAGGAGCUGAUGGCAGGGGUUGGACAUUUUGACCCCUACAGGUAUAUAGUGGUGUCAGUGGCCAAUGUCAUCUGUGCCAUGUGCUUUGGUCAGCGCUAUGACCAUGAAAACCAAGAACUACUUAGUAUAGUCAACAUGAAUAAUGAGUUCGGGGAGGUGGCUGCUUCCGGAAACCCAGCUGACUUCCUUCCUAUCCUCCGUUACCUGCCCAACCGUACCCUGAGUACCUUCAAGGACCUGACUAAGAAGUUCUACAUCUUCAUGCAGAAGAUGGUUAAGGAACACUAUAAAACAUUUGAGAAGGGCCACAUCCGGGAUAUCACAGACAGCCUGAUCAAGCACUGUCAGGACAAAAGGCUGGAUGAGAAUGCCAAUAUCCAGCUGUCUGAUGAGAAGAUCAUUACUAUUGUCAUGGACCUCUUUGGAGCUGGGUUUGACACAGUCACAACUGCCAUUUCUUGGAGCCUCCUGUACCUGGUGACAAGCCCCAAUGUGCAGAAAAAGAUCCAGGAGGAGCUGGACACAGUGAUUGGGAGGGCAAGGCGGCCCCGCCUCUCUGACAGACCCCAGCUGCCCUAUAUGGAGGCCUUCAUCUUGGAGACCUUCCGACACUCGUCCUUCGUCCCCUUCACCAUCCCCCACAGUACCACCAGAGAUACAAGUCUGAGAGGCUUUUACAUCCCCAAGGGGCGCUGUGUCUUUGUGAACCAGUGGCAGAUCAACCAUGACCAGAAACUGUGGGACAACCCAUUUGAGUUCCGGCCAGAACGUUUUCUCACCCCCACUGGUACUCUCAACAAGGCACUGAGCGAGCAGGUGAUUAUCUUUGGCCUAGGCAAGCGGAAGUGCAUCGGUGAAACCAUUGCCCGCCUUGAGAUCUUCCUCUUCCUGGCCACCCUAUUGCAGCAGGUAGAAUUCAGCACGCCACUGGGUGUGAAGGUGGACAUGACCCCCAUCUACGGGCUGACCAUGAAGCAUGCCCGCUGUGAGCACUUCCAGGUACACAUUCGCUCUUAGGGAGCUGAGAAUCCUACAGAGCCAUGUACCUGUAAAAGCCAUUCAGACUUGUGUCUUUGGUGGUACUGGGAAGGGAGAAAGCUCAGUUAAGAUCAGGACCACAAUGAGAUCCCCCUAUUUCCCAUACCAUCUUCAUCCCACCAGCCCUGAUCUGAUACAUGGACUGAAGUAAGGCCCCGAAUCUGUCUCCCUGGCCUACCUGCCCAGAUGGGCCAGGGGCAGGCCCAGGGAGGUCUAAGCUUUGGGUUGAAAGCCAUAGAUAUUGCACUGGCUGAUUUUUUGCUGUCUGGCUGUAGGCAAGCCUGAGGGAUCAUGCCUGCUCCCCACCCUGGACUUUCCUCUCUGCAUAGCGAAUACAGGCAGUGGUCACUUUAGGGGCCACACAGGAACUGAUGAAGCCUUCUGAAGUAGUCCUUGAGCUAGCCGGUCUGGUAGGGUUAGGAGGUUCUCUGGCCUCUGGAAACCUCUGAGGAGCUCUUUGGAAGGCCUGGGCCCAGCCAGUUAGCUGGCUCUUUGUGGGGUCUGACUGGCUC